AUGUCUGGAGCCAUGAAGAAAUUGAUCCCCCUUUUUGACCGCGUUCUAAUCAAAAAAGCAGAAGCCAUCACCAAAACGAAAGGAGGAAUUGUUAUUCCAGAAAAGGCACAAACCAAAGUAUUAGAGGGAAUUGUAAUGGCUGUAGGACCAGGCACCAGAACACAAAAUGGAGACCUUGUUCCUCUCUCAGUACAAGUAGGAGACAAUGUACUCCUCCCAGAAUAUGGAGGCACCAAAGUAAACGUAGAAGAAAAUGCUGAAUACCACUUGUACAGAGAAUCCGAUAUCUUAGCUAAAGUUAACCAAUAA